AUGAGUAUGCAGACCAAGUCGAUCCUUGCAAUCGCCGCUUACGUCUCCGUUGUAUUUGCCUUGGCGGUACCGGUAUUCACGGCAGAGGGCGGGCAAGCAGUUGUCCAGAGGUCGGAUGAUUACUACGGAGGCAGCAAUCGGAACACCAAUACGAACACCAAUACGAACACCAAUAUUAACAAUAAUACAAACAAGAGUGGUGGCUACUACGGCUACAACUGCUACAAGGCGGAGUGA